GUGCUUCAUGUGCAAACAUGAGCGAGUCAUUGCAACAACUCUGGAAUAUGAAAUUUGAAUAAAAGUUAUGAAAUUUUCGCUUUUAACUAUCAGCGAGCUGCAUCAAUCAUGAAUCAAUCGCAGUGCAUCGACAGAUUUUCCAAGAAGCCCUCAAAGGGCACUCCCUUGAAUAACUUGAUGAGAAAACCAAAUGGAAAUAAAUUCUUAAUAUCGCAUACAGAUGGUGAUGGCCUUCAGCGAAGUCCUGAAGAGAACUCAAAUGAUUAUGUGCAUGAAACUUCAAAUGUGGAUGAGGCAAAUAAUCAAGGCUGGCUAGAGGAUGACCAUCAGUUUGAGAGGGAAGAGAAAUCAAAGACACCCAUUGAGAAUAUGAACUUGAGUGAAAGUGUUUUUUCGGCAUAUAAACCCAAUAAAAAUUAUCCCAUUGAAUGUGAGGCACAGAUACUGCAGGAAGAUGAUGGCGGUGGAAAUAAUUGCAUUGAGGAUACCUUUCAAAGAGCAGUGAGUCCAAUUCUUUUUCUAGGUCAAUGCUGUGCCGCACUUCCUGUUCAAGGUGUGCUGCAAUCGAAUCCUUCGAAUUUGAAAUUUUCCAUAAUGUCUGUGCAAGUUCUGAUCACGGUGAUCUUUAUGUGUAGCAGUACAAUACUCACCUUGUGUACUUUGAAAAAUCUCUUAAAAAUAGGUGUAAAUGCCAAAAAUUUUGUCGGUUUGGCCUUCUUUGGCUGUGUUCAAUGCUCAUGCCUUCUGUUUGCUCUGUUGGCUCCUCGUUGGCCAAAAUUAAUGCGUUCUUGGUAUCGCACUGAGAUUAUCUUUACCCAAAAGCCUUAUGCCAUACCCAAAAGGAAUUUGGCCUAUCGAGUGCGGUUGGCGGCUGGUGUAAUAAUUUUUCUUUCAGCUCUUGAACAUGGUCUGUACUUGAGCUCGGCGGUGCUAUCAUACAGGCGAGGUAAAGAAGUUUGUGCUCCCAUACUCAAUACCACUGUUGAGAUAUCUUUCGAUGAUUAUAUUGUGCGCAAUUAUGAUUAUGUUUUUCAAAUAUUGCCUCCAAAUUUCUAUGUGGGCAUUGGUGUAUUGGUUGUCAAUGGCUUGUGCACAUUCAUUUGGAAUUACAUGGACAUGUUCAUUAUGAUGGUGAGCAAAGGCAUAGCCUAUCGAUUUGAGCAGAUAACGAUACGUAUAAACAAAUUGGCAAACAAGGAAGUUCCCGAAUCUGUAUUCAUCGAAAUACGUGAGCAUUAUGUGAAAUUGUGCGAACUACUGGAAAUGGUCGAUGAGAAUCUCUCUGGCAUAAUAUUGUUGUCAUGCAUUAACAAUUUAUAUUUUGUAUGCUAUCAACUGUUGAAUGUUUUUAACAAACUCCGUUGGCCCAUUAAUUAUGUCUACUUUUGGUAUUCCUUGCUAUAUUUGAUUGGUCGUACGGCCUUUGUCUUCCUUUCGGCGGCCGCCAUUAAUGAUGAGUCCAAAGGUGGUCUAGCGGUUCUACGCCGUGUCUCCAGCAAAACAUGGUGUGUGGAGAUCGAGCGUUUAAUAUUUGCCAUGACCACCCAGACAGUAGCCUUGUCUGGAAAGAAAUUCUAUUUUUUAACAAGGCGUUUGCUCUUUGGGAUGGCUGGUACCAUAGUUACCUAUGAAUUGGUUCUAUUGCAAUUCGAUGAACCCAACAGAGCCAAGGGAUUGCCAAAUCUUUGUGGUUGAUGGGUCGACAAGAUGCACAUAAUUAAGCAGGAAGCUUAGCAACUAUCAUCCCAUCAUAUCGUUGCAGUUAAUGCUAUUGUAAAAUGAUUCAAUAAAGUUGGUAAAACAGAGAAAGAAAGUUCACACCUACAUUAAUACAA